AGGAGUUGAAAUGGCAUAGAAAAGUUCCAAGUGCGGACUGCAAAGUGAGCUCCUUCCACUUGAUGCUGAAAGAAGGUAAACGAAAACUCCAAGAAUGAUGAUCCACUCAUCAGUAAGUUACAGGAAAACCACAAUCACGGCAACUAAAUAAGAACUGUGCUAAACAUGACAUCUAUGUUUUUGCUUAUUAGUUGUCUCAUUCUACUGAUUCUACCUCUCUUCAGUGCUGAAAAAUGCAUUAUUUGUGAUUACUUUGUGCUUUUUGGAGAGCCUACAGCUAUUAGUUGCCCAAUAGUUACAUUGCCCGAGAUUCACUCUGGUUACAAUCUGACCUGGUAUAAAAAUGGUAGUGCUACACCAGUAACCACAGAGAGACAUGCCAGGAUCCAUCAGCGAGAGGGCUUGCUUUGGUUUAUUCCUGCAACACUGGAAGAUUCUGGACUUUAUGAAUGUGAUGUGAGGAGCCUUAACCACUCAAACAAAAAAACUAUAAAUUUAACAGUUUUUAAGAACGAUGACGGUUUGUGUUUUAACGGAAAAAUGAAGUUUGAACAAAAACUGAUGAGCACAAGUACUGGAAAGAUUAUAUGCCCUGAUCUAGAACAUUUUAAAGAUGAAGAUAAUAAUCAACCUGAAAUACACUGGUAUAAGGAGUGUAAGCCUGGAUUUCUUGAAGAUAAGCGACUUCUUUUGGCAGAGGGCAAAAACGCCGUCUUGAUUCGCAAUGUAACUGUACAAGACAGAGGAAACUACACAUGCCGUAUGGUAUACACAUUUAUGGGAAAACAAUAUAAUAUUUCACGAACCAUGAGUCUGGAGGUUAAAGAACGACCACUGCAGGUGAGACCAGAGUUUAUUUAUCCGAAGAACAAUACAAUAGAAGUAGAACUUGGCUCUCAUGUGAUUAUGGAAUGUAACGUAUCAAGUGGCAUAAAUGGCUUGAUUCCGUUCUGGCAAGUUAAUGAUGAGGACGUUGAUAGCUUUGAUAGUACCUACAGGGAACAGUUUUAUGAAGAGGGCAUGCCUCAUGGACUUGCUGUAUCUGGAACAAAAUUUAACAUUUCGAACGUGAAAGUAAAGGAUUAUGCUCAUAAAUUUUUCUGUCACUUCAUAUAUGGUUCUCAGCAAUUUGCAGCCUACAUCAAAUUGGAACGCCCAGCUCAGAGCAUUCAGGGUUAUUUAAUUGGAGGAGGAGUUUCUUUGGUAUUUUUAAUAUUUUUUACUCUCUUUAUCUACAAAAUCUUCAAAAUUGAUAUUGUGCUUUGGUAUCGGGACUCCUGCCAUCCUUUCCUGGGUAAAAAAGUUUCAGAUGGGAAGAUCUAUGAUGCUUAUGUUCUGUAUCCAAAGAACAGAGAGAGCUGCUUAUAUUCAUCAGAUAUUUUUGCCCUGAAGAUAUUGCCAGAGGUCUUAGAAAGACAGUGUGGAUAUAACCUCUUCAUAUUUGGGAGAGAUGAUUUACCAGGAGAAGCUGUGAUCAGCGUUGCUGAUGAAAAAAUCCGUCAAAGUAGAAGAGUGAUAAUUGUGUUAGUACCAGAACCCUCCUGUUACAGUAUUCUAGAAGAUGUGUCUGAAAAGCAGCUAGCCAUGUAUAAUGCUCUUAUCCAAGACGGCAUUAAAGUAAUUCUCAUUGAACUUGAAAAAAUACAAGAUUAUGCAACCAUGCCAGAAUCCAUCAAAUAUGUUAAGCAAAAGCAUGGGGUUAUCCGAUGGAAAGGGGACUUCUCAGAGAGGUCUUACUCAGCAAGUACCAGAUUCUGGAAGAAAGUACGCUACCACAUGCCAUCCAGAAAAAAUGGAUCUUCAUCACAAUUUCGUUUGUUACCGAAAGGCUGCAAUUCUCCCUAA